CCAGCUGCUACCGGCGAAAGUAUCUGAAGUGUGGCGAGCGGAGAGUAGGAAACCCGCCAAGUGUUCGGGGCAACUCUAGAGUCGCACUGGCCCGUAGCUCUGUUGGGUGCAUUUGCCGCCAGAGUGCGUCAGUUUAGCUCUGAUCAUGACGGACGAAACAACGCCGCUUACUAGCGCCGCCGCCGGUGGCUCCGGAUAUGUCGUCCUGCCGCCAUACCAAGGACCCGAGCGUGUCUUUCCAGGUGGUGUUUCUCCGCGCUCGCGUCGGAAUAAGAUGCGUCAGUUUCAGUGCUGCAUGGGCAUCACCUUUAUAGCGAUUGUAUUAACAGCCCUUUGCCUGGCCCUGGUGUUCAGCGAUUACCUUGGUGGUGCGGACGGGAAUCCCAGUUUCUUCUUCGUCGUCAAUGGAUCGGAAGUCGAGCUGCCGCCAAACAGACCGCUGCCAGACGAACCGGCAGCAGAUUGGGCCCUACAACAGGGGGCACUGGGUCACCACGAUGGCGCCCAGGCGGUGAGUGUUGGUAUCAAGGCUUUGGGGGAUCGGGAAAUACUGGAGGAGGGUCUGCAGCCGAACGAAGUGAAUACGCCAGCCUUUCGACACUAUCGGUCCCUAAGCACAAAUCCAGAGGCAAGAAAACUGGCACGACGUGGCUAUGUGGAGAACCAGGCCACCAUGGAUAUAGCCAAGAGAUUCAAUUACACCAAACAGCCGGGACGCAGCAAUAUUGGCUGGGGGCCAAAGAUCGUCCUUCCUGAUCCCACGGUUCUACGAUUGGAUUGCGAUUUUAAUGCCCGCUUCAGAAGAUCUACAGGAGUAUGUAACAAUAAACAACACCCCCGGACUUAUGGAGCCUCAAUGGUUCCCUAUCGUCGCAUGGUCUCACCAGAUUAUGCCGAUGGCAUUGCCGCUCCCCGGGUUAGUCAUCAUGGACGCCUGCCGCCGGCUCGUCAGGUCUCCUUAAAGAUCCAUCGUUCUAGCUACGAGACGGAUUCGAACUUCACCGUUAUGCUAGCCGUUUUUGGUCAAUUUAUGGACCACGACAUCACGGCCACCUCGCUGACCACUUCGCAAGAGGGGGAGUCCAUCGAUUGUUGUGUGGCCGCCACCCGGGAGCACCAUCCGGAAUGUUUUCCUGUGGAUAUCCUUCCCGACGAUGCCUACUAUAAGCAGUACAACAUCAGUUGCAUGAAUUUCGUGAGAUCUGCUCCGGCACCCACCGGAAGAUUUGGUCCACGGAUGCAGCUGAACCAGGCAACGGCUUUUAUAGAUGCCUCCGUAGUCUACGGCAAUCUGGAGCAGCGCCAGAGUCAGUUGCGCAGCUUCAUCAAUGGCUCGCUGCGUAUGUAUCUUACGGAUGAUGGUCGGCAGCUGCUGCCCAUUUCCUCAAAUCCGACGGAUGGCUGCAAUCGAGUGCAGAUGACUCGCCUCGGAAAGUACUGCUUCGAGUCUGGAGAUGAUCGGGCUAAUGAAAACCUGCUGCUCACAUCCAUGCACCUUCUGUGGGCCAGAAAUCAUAACUAUUUAGCUCGACAACUGCAGGAGCAGAAUCCUCACUGGGAAGAUGAGCGUUUGUAUCAGGAGGCACGGAAGAUUUUAGGUGCUCAAAUGGCUCAUAUCACCUACAAUGAGUUUCUUCCGGUAUUGCUUGGCAGGAAUCUUAGUGAGGUCAAGGGCUUGCUGCCGGCUAAGCAUAACCUGAAUGCCCCGGACACUUAUGACCCGGAAGUGGAUCCGAGUAUAGCAAAUUGCUUUGCAGCUGCCGCUUUCCGGUUUGCACAUACCCUUCUACCGGGAUUAUUCAAUGUCUCAAGGGAUAAUAGUAGUCCUGAAGCCAUGGAACUGCACAAGAUGCUCUUCAAUCCAUUCUCUCUUUGGAUGGAACACGGCAUUGACCACGCGCUAAUGACGGCGGCUAACACGCCGGUGAUGCAAGUGGAUCGCUUCUUCUCGCUGGAGGUCACCCAGAAGCUUUUCGAAGGCACCGCCGAGGACAAGGUGCCCCUAUGCGGACUGGAUUUGGUUUCCUUGAACAUUCAAAGGGGUCGGGAUCAUGGGAUUCCCUCGUAUACGGUUUUCCGACGACAUUGUCGUCUGCCGCCAGUGGAUACAUGGGAGCAGAUGGCCCAGGCCGUGGACAACGCCACCUUGGACUCCAUCAUGCAGAUUUAUGAAUCUCCGCAGGAUGUGGACGUCUAUACGGGUGCUCUUAGUGAGCCACCGCUGGGUGGAGCAAUCUUUGGUCCACUGCUCAGCUGCAUGGUGUCUGACCAGUUCCUACGCCUUAAACUGGGCGACUCUCACUGGUACGAGCGGAAGAUGGGGCCACAAAAGUUUACCAAAGCUCAACUUGCGGAGAUCUAUAAAACCAAUUUGGCUGCCAUUAUCUGUCGCAAUUCUGAUGGAAUAACCCGUAUCCGGGAACACGUCAUGCAGCGUCUACGGGAGAAAGACAAUCCACAGGUUAAUUGUCAGGACUUGGAGGGAUAUCAUUUCAAUUUUGAACCAUGGUCCGAAUCCGAGCAACUGCAUGACCUGCACAGCACAGUAAUAAAUAGGGGAACCACUUCGGUGCGCGUGAUGGCCAAUAAUACAGAUACGGUCAAGGGAAAUCAUCGAACAGCUAAUGUAACUCUUCAUAUUGAUAAAGGAAUCUAGCUGGGUGAAAAAUAAUAUUUUGCUUAUAAAAAGACAGUUAUAAUGAGAAUGCUA